AUGGAGGUGGUACAUUUUGUAGGAGCAGUUAUGGUGUUGUUUGAUGUUGUAAUGGUUGUGGAAUCUCCUGCAGAAAUAGAGGUGGAACAUUUUGUUGAUAUAGUUGCGGUGCUGAUCAAUGUUGUAAUGGUUGUGAAAUAUGCUACGGAAAUGGAAGUGGAACAUUUUGUCGGAGUAGUUGUGAGUUAUGAAACUGGUGAAGUGAUCGAUUGUGUAGACAUCUUCAAGCAACCCACUUUUGAUCAUCCACUUCUCAAGAAUUAUACCAUGCAGUAUGCUAUAGUAUCUUUGCCCGAUGGCAACUACAACGGAGCUCGUGCAACAAUUAAUUUGUGGAAUCCUACAGUAGUGGAUCCAGAAGGCAGUUUCUCUCAAAUUUGGGUCGCAGCAGGCCCCGAUGAGGAUCUUAAUACUGUAGAGGCCGGAUGGAUGGUUAAUAAAGGUGGGAGUUUUACCGGGCAAGCAGAGAUUUUCACAUACUGGACAAGUGAUGGCUAUAAGGAAAGAGGCUGCUACAACGUCAAAUGCAGAGGAUUCGUGCAAAUAGAUGCAGAUUUUUUACUAGGCUCUGCGAUUCAACCAGUUUCCACCUACGAUGGACAGCAAUAUGACAUAAAAGUAGAGAUAAAGAAGGAUAUGUAUACUGGAUCGUGGGUGCUGAGCAUUUCGGACAUAGAAGUAGGAUUCUGGCCCGACGAUCUCUUCACUCAUCUCAGAGGCCCAGCCGAUGCAAUUGAUUGGGGCGGAGAGACAGGCAAGAAAGUACCGGAUGGUGGGCCUACGUCAUCGCAAAUGGGGAGUGGUCAUUUCCCUUCUGAAGGCUAUGGAAAGGCAUCCUAUUUCCGCAAUCUUAAAUUCCUCGACGACGAAUUCAAUGAGAGAGACCCGGAGAAUCUCAACACACAUGUUACAAGACCUGAAUGCUAUGACUUAGUGCUUAACGAGGACCCGUUCACUACAUUUGGAGUCAAUUUCUUUUAUGGGGGCCCCGGAAUUUCAGCUUAG